CGCGCAGGCCCAGCGACCUCACGGAUAUUUUAUUUACUCCUGAAAUCCAAGAUGGCUGUCCUGAAUGCCUCGGUCCCCUAGCAAUUGAGGAUGCGAGCAGCUACUGAAAAAACAACUUUUCCCCGACCAUCUCUUCCCCUGGAACUCCAUUCGUAAGGUGCGGAGGAUACUCUUGCAUCUUACCAGCCUCUAAAUAUCCCUUCCAUCCAGGUUAAAUCCCUCUAAUUCGCCUAUUUAAAGUAGUUUCGCGAAGUAACCCUCUGUCGCUGUCUGUCCUGAGCGAGGUUGAGACAGCCAGCACAUCCAAAUGGCCGAACCGAGAAAAGUACAAUUUGUCACCCUGUCGGCCUUUGCCGCUGGUCCAGCCACUGAAUCUAGGAAACGCCGGUUGGACGACGAGGCCGACAUAAACUUUGAUGGAGAUCAAGGGAUUGGCAAGUCCACGACCGGGGCAUCAGGAGAUGGUGGAUUGUUCGGCAAAACUGGCGACAGAGACGGCGUUGAACCCAACAGAGCAACCGUGCGAUUAAACCUUUCUCUCAUCGAGCCAAACGACCAGUCUUCGGCCGAGUUCAAUUACAGCGAACUCAUUCAAUCCCUUCAGAAGAAGACACAGAAACCCAUACCCACACCCACACCACCCGCCCUUGACCCAAACGACCCCUUCAACGAUGACGAGAGGGAGCGCCAGCAGGUGGAGGCUUUAGCCAAGAAGUUUGAGAGUAAAUAUGGCAAUAGUGGUAAAAAGAAAAGGAAGGACCGCAUGCAGGACCUGAUAGACAUUGGGUUUGGAUAUGACGAGAGUGACCCUUUCAUUGAUAACUCGGAGGCAUAUGAUGAGCUGGUGCCAGCGUCGUUAACCACCAAACUUGGUGGCUUCUACAUCAACACGGGUACAUUGCAGUUUCGCGCCGCCUCUGAAUCGGAGGGUGAGGAUGAAGGCAAAGUGGCCACACCAGGGGGUGGCGAAGUUCAGAUGAUCAAGAAGAGGAAGCGGAAAGAGGGAGCCAUGUUGGAGGAGAAGAAGCCCAGGAAGAUCAGAGUGCCUAAACAAGGUGUGACUGGAAUGAACCUACACCGGCCAGAAAAGAAGAAGAGGAAGAAGCUGAUGAAGGACUCUCUGUACCUGGCGGCCAUGCUGCGGCGCUUCACUCGGGAGAAGGAGGAGAUGCGGCAGAAGAGCCCGGCCACCGCGCACCACCUGGGCCUGGCCAGCGCCCCGCACGCCAACCACAUGCUCCACAACUCCGGCCUGCCCGGCAACAGCUUGGUCGCCGCCGCCGGCAGCACCGACAUCUCUCUCGCUGACCUGACCGCCGACCCGGCCAUGAUGUCGCUGCUGAGCUCGGCCAACGAGAGUGAGCUGCAGGAUCUCCUGGGCGACCUGGACUUCAGCCUGCUGGACCCGGGUCCUCUGACGGCCAGCCCCGCCCGGGAGAAUGGGCUCAUGGGUGUGGGUGUGUCUCCAGGGCAGAAGGCGGGUCAGGGGAGAGGGCAAGUGGGGCUGGGGGUCGGGGCCGGGCUCCUGUCCCCUCCUCCUCUGCCCGCUGGGCUGCCUGCUCCGCUCACCAAGCGCAUUGAGGACCUACGGGCGGCCUCACGACAGUUUGACCAAGAGGGGAGGAAGAAGUUUUUCACCUUGGAUAUGAACAACAUUUUGCUUGAUAUUGAGCUGCAGGUCCAGGAGCAGCCGGCGGAGGUGCGCUCGGCCAUCUACUCCCACAUGGAGGCGUUCGUGCCCUGCAACAAGGAGGCCCUCCUCAAACGCCUCAAGAAGCUCAGCCUUAACAUCCAGGAUGACCGCCUGCGCACGCCCCUGUUGAAGCUGAAGCUGGCUGUCUGUAGCGUCAUGCCAGAACAGAUCGCAAGAUACAACAUGGACUGUGUGGCCAAGGCUGCUGCCAAGCAGCAGUCUGAGGAGGGAGAGAAGAAUGGUUCUGAGGAGGAGGAUGAGGAGAAGCCUGGGAAGAGGGUGAUGGGACCACGAAAGAAGUUCAUCUGGGACGACAAACUCAGGUCUCUGCUGUGUAACCUAGUGCGGGUGAAGUUGAGCUGUUAUGAGCAGGAGUCGCAGGCCCCUCUGUCUGUGGAGGACUACCUCAAGGCCUUCAUGGAGAACGAGGUCAAACCGCUCUGGCCCAAGGGCUGGAUGCAGGCCAGGAUGCUGUUCAAGGAGAGCAGGAUUGUGCACGGCCACCUUACUGGACUGGGCAAGAAAAGGGUGGUUCCUGGUCCCAAAGCGAUUAAAGCCAAGGAGGGUGGCUGGAUCCCGAGGCCCAGUCCAGUCGGCGUGAUCCCCUCUCCCUCCGCGGCGGUAAUCGUCCGCCGGCCCCCCACCUCCCCCUCGGAGCCCAUCUGCCUCUCUGAUUCGCUGGACGAAGACCUGGCCACCAACUCGCUGGACUCCAUCUCCCAUGCCCUGGCGCUCCUGAGCAACGCGGCCAAAGGCCUGACCCAGACCAACGGCCCGGCCGUCUCCUCUCCGGUCAGCAAGGCCAGCGCCACGCCCGGCCUGUCGGUCGGCCACUUUGCUUCCCCGCCGACACAUUCCCUUCCUGUGAAACUGGAGAGCCCCCCAUGUCCCCGUGGGCGCGUGAACUCGCACCUCUCGCAGCUCAACGCCAAGAGCCCCCAGCAGCCCCAGCGGCUGCCCAGUGGCUCGCCCUCCCCUGUGCCCUCGUCCCCCACCUCCUCUCACCCGCCGCCCAAAGCCCCGCACGCCGCGCACGCCCACCCGCAGUCCAACUUCAUCACCCCCAUGCAGGCCACGCUGACCAAGUCCUCCCACAGCAGCAGUUCGGGCAUCAUCAAGUUGACCCCGCGGCCCCCUGCCCCUACUCCGCCCCCGGCCUCGUCGCCGGCCCCCUCCUCCUCCUCCUCCUCCUCCUCGCCCUCGCUCGUCCACUCCCGGCCGCAGAUGAUGGCCAACUCCCACCAGUACAGUCCCAAGGGCGCUGGCUUCCGACCCCCAUUCACAGCACAGGGAGGCUCGUCAGUCAAGCCUGGCCAGGGGAUCUACAGCUUUGCGGGCGGCCAGAAGCCCUCCACCCCUCUGAGUGGGGGGGCAGGAAACACUAACCCCAGCCCCAUAGGAACGCCCCCUUCCAGCAGUCAGCAGGACAACAGCCCCUCCCCCUCUGGGAUAUCGGCCAAUCACGGACAGAGGCAGAGGUCCGUAGGAGGGUCUGGUCAGAGUGCCAAAGCUGUGACCAGUCGGUUGCCGGCCUCAACACUGGCAUCAACGCUGGCGUCAACCCUGGCCUCAACGCUGCCCUCGUCAGUAGUCACUUCACACCUGUCACAGGUCUCGGCGGCCGCGGGCACCAAUCUGCUGGGCCCUUCUCUGCCCCUGGGCUUCGGCAUGCUCGGGGGCCUGGUGCCCGUCUCCCUGCCCUUCCAGUUCCCGCCGCUGCUCAACUUCAGCCCGCCCGGUGCCCCCGGCAGCAUGGGCGCCUCCGCUGGCACCAACUCAGGAUACACCCUGGCACAGAAUCUGUUUAAGAGCCUCCAGUCAGGGUCUCAGGCUGCUCUACCUCCUCACUUGCAGCUUGCUUUCUCAGAUACAAACCAAAGCCAGGGUGGAGAUGUGAAGAGGAAGACUCACUGAGCGGUCAAACGCCGCCCGCCACUCUGAGCACCACUGAAGCCACGGCAUCAGCUCUGACUGACACUGCAGUGGGACACUGCAAAAGGAUAAAAAAAUUUUCUCCUAUUGAUGGACCUAACGCAUUAAUGACCCUCAUUCUAAUUAUUGUCAUUCUAUUGAUUACUGUUUUGGAAUGUUAGGAAGGGUGACUGCGUUUUUGUUUUGUUUUUAAUUUUUUGUUGUCAACAUGUUUACAUGACAGACCUUUAUCACUGUGGAGAGAGAGAGGGGGAGUGUAGGAGAAAAGAAGCUAUAUAAUUUAAUUAGUAUUUAAGUCAGUGUUGGCCGGACUUUCCUGUGUAAAGAGUUGUUGAAUAGGACUUCUAUCUCUGUUUUUGAUUUUAAUUUGUAGAGAAGCGACUCCCUCUCUCCGUCUGUGGGGUGGUGGUCCUCUGUUCUGUUGCCCUUCCUACAAACAGACUGUUAAUACAGUAGCUAUUAAUAUGGAUAAAUUAUUUAUCAUUUCCUCACAGGGACAUAAAAUUAUGAUGUGUGUGAGUGGGUUAAUAUGGGUGUAUGUAUAUAAAUAUACAUAUAUAUAAAUAUAAUAUGCUCUAUUUUCUUUCCAGGUCAGUGUGUGUGUGUGAGCUCAUAUCCCCCUUUCUUACACAGUGUCUUUGGUGCUGUAUAUUACACUGGACCUUGAAAUGGAAAAAAAAAAUUAACUUGAAAAGGUGAAAUGGCUCUUUUUUGAUAAACUGAGCAAGACGUCUGUGGGAUGUGUGUGUGUUGUGUGUGUGUGUGCGUGCGUAUGUGUGCGUGCGCAUGUGUGUCACAGGUGGAGAGAGUGUCUUUAGUCUACUUGAACUUUUAUUUCUGAAUAUUUCAUUGCUUAUCAAUACAAAUCUCCAGUACUCAAUACAACAGAUCGCCUUAGUUUGUAUGUUUGAACUAUGCAGGACUAUUUCUGGCUCAUGCACAAGCACAGCCUCACGCCUCAGCUACUGCGCUCUGCUCCUCCUCUCCGCGGGAGGCGGCCGGAGGAUCGCUCGGUUUCUUUUCUGUGCAGGGCGUCUGUCUCUCAGACUUGUACAUGUAUCUCUCAGCUUCCGCUGACAUACCUCCUCUGGAAAACUCAGUUCUUCCUGCAUUUAAGCUACUCAUCCUCCUCAUCUACCGAUUACUUCCUCUAGCAUUAAUCACUCCCGUGGGGGUUUUGACCGAUUGAAUGAACAGUGGCGCCAAAGAAAAGUUGGAGGAUGGAUCUAUUUGUCGGCUCACGAGUUGGCAAAAAAAAAAAAAUAUAUAUAUAUUGUGCGUGUGCGAGCGCAAGUCUGUGUAUGCGUGUUCAUUUGAUCAUAUUCUUGAAAAAGAUGUACUUAAGUGUUUUUCUCAGUGGGCUGUCUGGAUGUUGUGAAAGGAUUUUUUUUUCUUCUAAAAAGCCACAUAGGUUGAGAACACUUGGAGUCACAUUCGGACAAUAUUACAUUUCACUGUCUUUGACUCCUUAUUUUUAUCUUUUUAUUUUGUAGAUUAUUUUUGUGUGUUGAUUCUAAAAUAAAAAAAUAUGCUGUCAGCUUUUGGUACGAUUCUUGUGUAAGGCCACCUGGCCUCAUUUAUCACUGUUUACAAGUUUGUGCGUAGGUGUGUAAAAGUCUGUAGCAGUUUCCCCUUGGAUCUCUUUUUUUUUUUUUUUUUUUUUUUACUUGAAGAUGGUAUCACUUAGUUUGAUGGCUUUGUAUUGGAAAGAAAGUGCUAAUCUUCAACAGCACUACUAAGGUCUGAAAAAUUAACUCUUAGACACUUAGGGCCUAGGCUUAGGCUCUACACUAAUUGUCUCCACUUUUCUUAAAUUUGGGUUGAACAUGCUUUGAUGUGAUGUAAAGGGAUCUGACAGAUGAUGGAGACAUCUCAGUAUUCAUUGUGGAAUUCUUGGAAACUUGAAAUGUUAUCUAAAGUCUAGGAGGAAAAAAGGUAAGAUUCCAAAUUUGCUCUGCAACCAACUGUAAAAGCACAUUUUUUGUUCCCAUGUGUGGAACGAGCCUACCUUCUGAAAUUAUGAAAUGCCAUGUUCAUCAUUGUACCUGUAAAAGAGGGUUUACCAGAUGGUAACAUGAACAGUCACCUGUGAAAGUAAUAAAUCACAUUCCUUCUACAA